AUGAGUCAAGUCAGCCAAACGCUUGAUGCCAAGGACUCGGCAAUGCCUUUCUCGCAACGGCCAGUGGUAAUCUUGGGCGCUGGUAUCAUUGGCUGUGCCGCUGCCCGGCAACUACUGCGACAGGGAUUCUCUGUGGUUGUGGUCGCAGAAUUUCUCCCGGGCGACCAGGAUAUUUACUACGCAUCGGCUUGGGCGGGUGCAGCCUGGCAUGCUGCCGGGGGUAUCACCGCAAACCAGCAGUACCUCCAGGCGGUUACACAUCGAGUGCUACUCAAAAUGGCCCAAGAUCCCGAGUCCGGGGUCUGUAUCGUACCUGCGCGAGAAUAUCUGGAGCGAGAGCCUACCCCAGACUCGGCCAUCUGGGGCCGAACAGUGGUAUCCAAGUUUCGUGUGCUGAGUCCCGGCGAAUAUCCCGCCAAUUUCAACUGCGCAUGGGCAUAUGAAACCCUUGUUACGGACCCAACUCGACAUAUGCCGUAUUUGAAAAAGCAGAUUACUGCCCUGGGAGGUCAGUUCAUUCGUCGGCGAGUGGAAUCCCUACAGCAGCUCUACGAUAUGUUUCCCGAAUCAAGGGUGUUCAUCAAUGCUAGCGGGCUGGGUAGUAAGACCCUUACAGAUGUCCAAGAUGACCGCUGUUUUGCAGAACGCGGUCAGAAUGUCUUCCUUCGAACUGACCAAUGCCACACUCUCUACUUCCGCAACGGGCAAGAAUACACCUAUGUUAUUCCCCGCCCUUUGUCCCAAGGCGUGGUUCUUGGUGGUGUUAAGCAACAGGAUAAUCUAUCUCCCAAUAUAGACCCUGAAAUUGCGCGGGAUGAGAUUGCUCGUGCUCAUCGGCUCGCACCCGACAUUGUGCCCGAGCACCCUCCCACUGACGCCAUUAGCCAUAUCAUCGGAAUCCGACCGUCGCGGAAGGGAGGGUUUCGCCUAGACUCGGAGCAAAAAGGGAUAUAUACAGUAUUAUCGGCCUAUGGCUUUGGCGGGGGUGGAUAUGCUUUCUCCUAUGGGAUUGCGGAUGCAUUGACGAAGAUGGUGGAACAGACGGAACGCAAUCAUGUCAUUGUGUAG